UUUUGUUUUCGUUUUUUAGUCGUUUUUUCACUGCCAAAGUGGUAGGAACGGUCCCGGAGCUCGAGAGUGCCAAGACGUGCGAUUAAAAUCCAGUAACUAACUACCAAAAAUGACUCCAUUGCCUCGUGUCGAUAUUGAUAAGCCAAAAUAUGAUCAGAGCACGUAUGUUGGCAGAGCCAAGCAUUUCUUUUUAGUUACCAAUCCGCUAAAUAUACUCGCCACCAACGAGCAACUCGAGCGUGCUCGCCAAAUAGUCCUCAAAUAUCGCGCUGGGAAAGAUGUGCCCGAGUGCAAAUCAAUGGAUGAUAUAUGGAAGGCCAAGUAUCUUUAUGAUUCGGCCUUCCAUCCAGAGACGGGCGAGAAGCAGAUUAUUAUUGGACGAAUGUCGGCACAAAUGCCAAUGAAUACCAUCAUCACGGGCUGUAUGAUGACCUUCUAUAAAACCACCCCGGCUGUAGUCUUCUGGCAGUGGGUCAAUCAAACAUUCAAUGCCACUGUCAACUAUACAAAUCGUUCGGGCUCCACUCCAUUAAGCAAUACACAACUUCUGACCUCAUAUUGCCUGGCCACUGGAGGCGCCUUAGCCACAGCUUUAACCCUCAACAAUGCGGUUAAGAAUAUGAAUCCCCUGGUGGGUCGCCUAGUUCCUUUGGCAGCUGUGGCAGCUGCGAAUUGCAUAAACAUUCCUUGCAUGAGAAUGCAAGAGCUUCAGAAUGGUGUUACACUACUUGAUGAGAAAAACAAUGAAGUUGGAAUAUCCCAGAAGGCGGCAUUCAUCGGUAUCUCAGCGGUCAUCCUAAGCCGCAUUGCCAUGGCUUUACCCGGAAUGACUUUGACUCCCUUACUGAUGACUAAACUGGAAAAGAACGGAUUUCUAGCUAAAUAUCCGCGAUCAAAUGCCCCAAUUCAAACGCUCUUCUGUGGCUUCAUUCUAAUCUUUGCCACGCCUCUGGGAUGCGCCUUUUUCAAGCAACGCGCCGCAAUCAAAGUGGCCAGUCUUGAGAAGGAUGUUCGCGAGAGUGUACAGAAGAAAAACCCUGAUUUGGAUACCGUCUGGUAUAACAAAGGCUUGUAAAUUACAGAUGCGCUUGAGUACAAUUUGAGACACAUUAUUCAAAGCCCAGUCAGAAGGUAUACCGGGCUAAAUGACAAUAAUUUAAAAAAUUUAUUUAUUUGUACUCACAAUCCACAUUAAUCCACUCUCCUGGCGCAAAUUUACAGUAAGCAAGCAUUUGUUAUACAAAAUACCUCGUUUAUGUUCUUACUCGUAAAUUAGUUGGUAAUACCAUUAAAAAUAUCUCCUCAGAGCUUGUUAUUGUUUAUAAAUCUUAAACUUACGUGAACCAAAUCAGGAAAUAUAUACAUAUAUGUGAAUUUAAAUAA